CGCCGCCGCCGCCGCCGCCGCCGCCGCCUCCGCCCGCCGGCCAUGUCCCCGGGCCGCCGCCGCCGCCGCUCGUGCGCGGCGCUCCAGCGGCCCAGCGCGCAGUGAGCGCGGGGCCCUCUCGCUACUCGCCCGCCCCGGGGCCCCCUUGUUCUCAGCGCCGCCGCCGCCGCCGCCAUGUUGGGUUUAGAGCCGCAGCGGAGCCGCCGCCGCCGCCGCCGGUAAGGGAGGCCGAGAGCGGAGCCCGCCCCGCCCCGGGGCCCAGGGAGCGGGGCCGCCUCGGAGCCCGGCCUCUCCCCGCCAGCCGCCUUCCCGGCCCGCCCGCCGUGCGAGCCAGCGAGCGAGCGAGCGAGCGAGCGAGCGAGCGCCGGGCCGCGGCCGCGCCUUCCGCUCCCGGCCCGAGCGAGCCCGCCGCCGGUUCGUUCCACCGCCGCCGCCGGGCCCGGCCAGAGCCUGCAGCGGAGCUCACGAGAGUCAGCGCCAUGGCGGAGCAGACCUACUCGUGGGCGUAUUCCCUGGUGGAUUCCAGUCAAGUGUCUACAUUUCUGAUUUCCAUUCUACUUAUAGUCUAUGGUAGUUUCAGGUCCCUUAAUAUGGACUUUGAAAAUCAAGAUAAGGAAAAAGACAAUAGCAGUUCUUCUGGGUCUUUCAAUGGCAACAGCACCAAUAAUAGUAUCCAAACUAUUGACUCUACCCAGGCGCUGUUCCUUCCAAUUGGAGCAUCUGUCUCUCUCCUAGUAAUGUUCUUCUUCUUUGACUCAGUUCAAGUAGUUUUUACAAUAUGUACAGCAGUUCUUGCAACAAUAGCUUUUGCUUUCCUCCUCCUCCCGAUGUGCCAGUAUUUAACAAGACCCUGUUCACCUCAGAAUAAGAUUUCCUUUGGUUGCUGUGGGCGUUUCACUGCUGCUGAAUUAUUAUCAUUCUCUCUGUCUGUCAUGCUCGUCCUUAUCUGGGUUCUCACUGGCCAUUGGCUUCUCAUGGAUGCCCUGGCCAUGGGUCUCUGUGUCGCCAUGAUCGCCUUUGUCCGCCUGCCCAGCCUCAAGGUGUCCUGCCUGCUUCUCUCAGGGCUUCUAAUCUACGAUGUCUUUUGGGUGUUUUUCUCUGCCUACAUCUUCAAUAGCAAUGUCAUGGUGAAGGUGGCCACGCAACCGGCUGACAAUCCCCUUGACGUUCUAUCCCGGAAACUCCACCUAGGGCCCAAUGUUGGGCGUGAUGUUCCUCGCCUGUCUCUGCCUGGAAAACUGGUCUUCCCAAGCUCCACUGGCAGUCACUUCUCUAUGUUGGGCAUUGGGGACAUCGUGAUGCCUGGACUCCUCUUGUGCUUUGUCCUGCGUUAUGACAACUACAAAAAACAAGCCAAUGGGGACUCCUGUGGUGCCUCUGGACCCGCCAAUAUCUCUGGACGCAUGCAGAAGGUCUCCUACUUUCACUGCACCCUCAUUGGAUACUUUGUAGGUCUGCUCACUGCGACCGUGGCAUCCCGCAUUCACCGAGCGGCCCAGCCCGCCCUUCUCUAUUUGGUGCCAUUCACCUUAUUGCCGCUCCUCACGAUGGCCUAUUUAAAGGGUGACCUUCGGCGGAUGUGGUCUGAGCCAUUCCACUCCAAGUCCAGCAGUUCCCGAUUCCUGGAAGUAUGAUGGGUCCCAGAGAGUGACCAGAAUGGCCUUCUGAGUCCUUUUCUGUCAACGCGUGGUUUUGUUUCCUCUUAGAGCUGGCCUGGUACUCGGAGAUGUACCUGCAUAGAGAACUGACGUGUGACUGGAUUUUGCAUUUGCAGGGAGCUUGUUUGCAGGAGCGAGGUGCUGGAGCCCUGCUUGGUUCUUUCUCUUCCUGCUGUUGUAGAGGUGGAGCCCCUCUUGAAGUGACAGGCCCUCCCCAGCGCUCCUUCUUCCCCCAUUUUUAUGAAUCUGCACCAGACUGUUACCUGUGGGGGAUGGAGAUAUGACUGAUUAAAACUGACAACGGCGAAGAGUCGUUCUAUACCUUUUGAACACUAAAAGGAUGAAAAAUAUUAGCAAACCGAAGUUUCUUCAGUGAACCCUCAAGAACUUUGGGACCAGUUUCCUAUGGGGGACUCAGUUUCAGAGAACUGAGACAGAAGCUCUUCUGUCAUUAUAUUCUUUCCCUUUUUUGGAUUUAUUAAAUAUUUUCUGUGGUGUGAAGUGACUUAUUAAAUCCACAGACAUUGAGUGACUUCUUACAACAAUACACAUAAGAAUUUGUUGUAAUGAGUUCAUGUCCACCCAGAUGUUGUGUUGACAGUGAACGAGGGCACGGUUUUUAUACAUACACACAUGCGCACAUAGAUAUAUAUGAAUAAACAAAAAUUAAAACCUGCUAAGAUCAUGCUGUGUAGCAGACAGGGACUUGCUGUAAUUUUUAGCAUGUAGAGCAGUUUACUCUGGCUUCCUUGUAUAUGGAUACGCUGCUGUCUCUCCCUUCCACAACUGAACGUGCAGUUAAAAACCAGUAUAGUAUUCGUACUGAUAUACUCAUGGACUUUCGGGGGCUCUCGUUUGGUUUUGAUCAGUGUAGCCAAUUAGGGAUGAAAAGUUCAAACUUUUUGGCCCUUUUUUUGUUUUGUUUUUACAGGCUUCUCCCUUGCAGGAUUUUUAGUAGUUUCUUCUUGAACCAAUGCAUGUAAUAUAGCAGCAGGUGUCUUUGUGCUUUCUGAUCAUAGUAAUGUACUACUUGUAAAUACAUUUUUCUAUUUUCUA